AUGUGUUUCGUUAAACUUUGUCUUCUUAUGACAGCUUUAUAUGUUAUACGUUUACAUGUAAAAACACUGUUCUAUUUACAUGAUAAUAUCAAUAUCUUCGACAGAUUAUUUUGGUUCUAUCACUUAUCGGUGGCGAAGUCUCGGCAUCUCUCCGUGACGCCAAUGAAUAUGAAGGGACGAUGAGGAUUGACUGUGGACAGGCUCAACAUUUGGAGCGAAUAUCUAGUACCUACAGUACCACGCACAGGGACAGAAAAUGGUCGUUUGCUUGCCGCCCAACCCCUGCUAGCAUCAAACGAAGACUGUCAUGUGCUUGGUCAAGCUACAUCAAUUAUUAUGACGACACAUUCGAAAAAGCCUGCUCUGGACAUGGAUUCCUGAACGGUCUCUAUAGUAUCUAUAAUGAACAUUUUGUAGACAGGCGUUGGCGUGUCCGUUGUUGUUAUCCCGUUCGUCAUGAUGCAUGCAAUUGUUACUACACUGGAUACGUCAACUGGUAUCAGGAGACCUUGAAUUAUGCCGUACCCUCUAAUCGAUUUGUAGCCGGAAUCAGAAGUCUAUAUAGCGCGCACUAUCGUGACCGUACAUUUUCAUUUAGAAUUUGCGAGGUUGCCUAAGGACACAAAUGCGAUUGCACGGAUGGUAGCCUACGGUUUGUCAGCUUGCGGAAACUGACCAACAGAAACUGGUUAAAAUGUAGCCCAGCUUCACAUGUCCAUGCCUCAUUCAUAAAAAACCCUUAAGCAGAUUGUCGAAUUUAUUGUUAUGAUUGAUGUGUAUUUGACGAAAGACCUCGAUAUUACCAAGCUAGGGCUUAUGAUUUUGUCACCUUUUCGUUUAUGAAAAGAAAGAAAGGUUUGACUGCAAUAUAAUGUGAGUUUAGGAGUGUGGCUGCUUCGUACAGUAAUGUAAUUAAAAGAAGCCGUCCUAAUCCA